AUGGCAUUUUCUAAAGCCCAUCCUCAGAUAAAGUAUUUUUCGUCCCUACAAAAAGAAGGAAACAUUUCAGCUAAAGCAUCAAAGCUCACAAUAGAUGUUCCAGAAAACGAAGAAGAUAUAUUAUCAUCUGAGAUUUUAUCUAUAAAUAAGAAUUCUCCUUCUCAUUCAAGAGACACCUUUAAAGCAAUAAAGAUACAAUCUAAUUCAGGAACUCCAAAAAAUUCCACUCCCAUAUCAAAGCAGUAUAAGCCUAACUCCCCCCCCCCCUCCGUGAGCGAACAAAACCAUUAGAAAAAUCGCCAUUUUUUUUGACCAAAAACCCACCCUCCGUGAGUGAACAAAAAAUUUUUUUAAUAGAAAAAAUUUUAAUGGAAAAAAAUUUUGAUAUAUAAGUGAUAAUUAGUAUAAUGAAAUCUAGAGCUAAUUCUGUUUAAUUUUAAACAAAUUGCGUUUUAAAACAUAAAUUUUGCAAAUUUAAAUUAAUAUUUGCUUCCCCAAUUUUUGCAAAUUAGGAUUUUUUUAAAUUUCGAAAAAAAUAUUUUUUUAUAAAAUUUAUAUAUAAAUUUUUUUAAAAAAAAAAAAAUUAACCCCCCUCCGUGAGCGAACAAAAUUUUUUUUGUUCGCUCACGGAGGGGGGGGGGGGGGAGUAAGCAAAUUCAUAGUGAAGGAAACAUUCCGACUGGAAAAGAAAAAUCAUAUAAUUUUUCUCCGGAAAUUAAAACGUCUUCUCGAGAUCCUGCUUCUUUUUACGCUUUAAAAAAAAAUUCAUCCUAUAAAAUCGGAGCUUCAACGAAGCUGAAUCAUAAAUCUGGCACUCCUGACAAAUCCAAAAGGCUUCUUGACCUCCCGCCAAGACCAAAAAUGAUACAUAAUAAAGGAUAUCUAGGGAAAAUUGAAAUAAAGCCAGAAACAGGCUCUUCUCCAACUUUGAAUAUCCAUAUUACGCAAAUUAAAAAGUCAGCCUCUUCCUCUAUACGAAUAAAAAAGCAGCUAACCGAAGUGGAAAUUAAAGCUAUGAGUGAAGUGCAUUAUAAAGAGCAUCUGUUUCAAACUUUUCAAGCAAUGAAGUUAAUUAAAAAUCUACCACCUCUAGAGCUUAGUCUAAUUCGAGAAAAAAAGAUAUAUUUACCGAAAAAAGUUGGAUGGGAAAACAAAAAAACGGCUAUUUUUGAUCUAGAUGAAACAUUAGUGCAUUGCUGUGAUAGGACUAAUGAUUGUGAUGUAAUUUUGCCUAUUUCUUUCCCCUCAGGGGAAACUUUAGCUGCAGGAAUUAACAUUAGGCCAUAUGCUGUUGAAUGCUUAAGAGAAGUUAAUAAAGAUUACGAGAUCAUUAUAUUUACAGCUAGCCAUCAAAGCUAUGCAGACGCUGUAUUGGAUUAUUUGGACCCUAAUAAAGAAAUUAUUCAUCAUAGGCUCUAUCGAAAUCAUUGUGUAAAUGCUAAAGGAAUUUAUAUGAAAGAUCUCCGAAUAUUUGCCAAUAGGAAAAUAAAAGAUAUAGUAAUUAUUGAUAACUCAGCUUAUUCAUUUGGAAAUCAAUUGGAUAAUGGGGUACCUAUCAUAUCAUGAAUAGAUGACUAUUAUGAUAAAGAAUUGUAUAAUCUUAUUGACUAUUUAAAAACAUUAGCUAAGGCAGAGGAUAUAAGGGAUAUAAAUCGGCAAACUUUUCAUCUUAAAACUCUCUAUGAAGAUUAUAUUCAGGAUUUUUUAGCAAAUGACAGAGAAGAAGCCAAACUUGUAAAAAAUAGCAAAAAGGGAUAA